AUGGUCGACUGGAGGACACUGGGAGAAAUCCCCGAUUCAGAGGACGACGAUGGCUUCGACAGCCAACAAACUGCCAUUCCAGAACAACUACCAGUCGAGCCACCGACUGGGGCACCGAUCCCUGCACAUUCACCUCUACCAGCACCGCUGCCAGACCUGGAUGUUGCAAAGACAUUUGCCAAAGAUAUCUGGGAUAUCCCCUCCUCCCAAGAAGGGCCCCCGAUAACCCCAGCACCACUCCCAUUACAUGCAUCUCCCAGGCCAAAGGAGCUUCCGGCUCAGCCUGCACCUGUGCAGUCCGAACCUUGGUCUUCGCCUCUAUCCUCACCACUAUCCUCACCGGUUUCCCCACCUCUAUCAUCCCAAGAACUCCCCCCAAUUGAGGAACUGGUGGUCCCGCUUCACAUACAAGACCCUUCUCUGCCCCUCCCUUCGUCCGCCACCCCGAGGCCGACACCGACAUUACAUACCGCCAGUACCCAGGCUAUAUCGCACAUUUCCGAGCCCGAUGGCACCGAGACUCCCUUACGACUUAUUUCGACACAGGCGCCGGCCCAGAGCCAGAUUCUUGGACACGAUGUCGAACUGCAGGAGGUUAGGCGAGCAGCUUUCCAAUAUGAGCGUUCGCUGAGGACCCGGAAGCCAGAGCAGAUGCGCCCAUAUUUCAUGGAGCAGGCUCGUUUCAAUAAUGAGUGGCGGCAGCAUGGUCUACGCCCUCUCCGAGUCUCUUACCAACACCGCCAGCAUGAGAUACGACACCAAGAACGAAAUUCCCAAGAGCGAGAUUUUGAACCAGAGAGUCAGGAUUCCAUCGGUCAUCAGCAGCCCACAGAUGAGAGCCAAUUGCCUGCUUCCGACGAUGACUUGAUGGACGGGCUGCGAUUUCCCGACUCUUCCUCACCCGCCAAGACCUCUCCUUUGAACAAUCGUGGUGGCCCGCUGAGCAGCCAAGGGCGUUCUCAUGUUGACACCGAUGGAACUAGCUUGGAUGGCGAUGACUUGCCGUCUCUGCAGGAUUUGGUAAAGCACCGUCGUCUGAAUCCUUUAUCCAGGAAGACUGCAAAGCGGAGACUUUCUUCUGUCAAAUCGGCGACGAAGAAGCGUCCGAGGUUAUCAGACCCUGCCGAGAGCCCUGAAUCUCUUAAGCCACAUCAGGCCUUCAUCAGGCCUCCUGACUCGUCUAACCCAUAUGAAGAUUUUGACGAGCCAUCCCCUGAUGCAGGCGAGGAUGUGUCACCUCCGCAUGCUCGAAGAGGCACUGGAGCGCAUGUACGGAAAACGCAUCAGGCGGCUUCUACGCCCUCGCAACAUACAGCCUCCACCAUUCCUGCGCCGCUGGUCAUCAACAGUGAUUCUGAUCAAGAUACGGAACGACCAGAAGUAGACGGCUCGGAAGCCGACGAUUCGACAGACUCUGACGACUCUGGCGAUGGAUCUGACAUAGUUCACCAGAAUAGCCGUCGCAUACGAGGCGUGCUACCCGCCUCCUGGUUGCGAAUCGACCAGAUGCCGGGCUGCGACAAGGUCCAGGAGAGAAUGAGGAAACGCCGCUUGGAACACUCCCCUGAGCGCAACCACCGACGAGGGGUGGCCCAGCGCAGGCAGGCAGAUCCCAGCACAAUCAACGACAAGUUUCUCUUCGAAGACACCGAUGACGAAGAGACACAACCAAGCCAAGUUCAACCGACGACCGAUGAUACCUUUCACAGACAGACAAGACUCCAUCUUCAGCCGAUCCCCGAUAAUGGCGGCGCUUUAGAUGACAUGGAUGAUGGUAUUUCUAUCGUGGAGGAAGACCUUGUAAACUUUAUGGUUUCGAGAAAUAAGCGGCAAACAAACGUCGCAGACGCGUUCCAGAAAGCCUCCAAACGUCCAAAGACGUGUGGGUCCCAGCCGACCAUGAUCCAAGCAAGAUUGCAACCCAAGAUUACUGGUGCCUUCCCCAGCUCGUUCACGCCCCGGCCAGCUGCCAAGGUAUCGUCAGCAGCGAGGAAACAGACAAAGAAGACUCGCCAGCAGUCAGCGUACCCACGGAACACAGGAAACCUGACUCAUGCCCAACGCCCUCGGCCACCACAGCUUAGUGUUCUCGACGUCAUUGAGCCGGAUGCUCCCAGGUUCCUCAAGAUUGCCGCUCGCACAGCUAGAGGUCGCCGAGACCAGGGCCGGUCUAAGCCUGGCAAGAAAUCAAUCCGGAUGGCAACAAGGGCGGACCAUGUUGACGCCGCAUCAGUUCUCUUGGAUUGGACAAGUGGAUCUAUUAAGCAGCGUCCGUCGGUGACGGUAGCUAAGAGGACAAGACAGGCCAGGCCACAGCUGCGCACCUUGACUGAACUAUCUGCCAAUGCACCAAAAUCUACAUCGCCAAGCACCUGGAUUCCUGGGAAUCCUCGAAGGAGGGCUGUUCCAACAUUGGGCCUUGAUCGCAAUGUUCCUCAUAAGCUGCAGCUGCCCCUUGAUGGAAACGAUGACACCGAGAAAGAAAAACUACGAACCAGAAAUAGUGCUGUGAAGGCUACUGCGCCCCGUGUCAGACCAGCACAACUCGAGAUGGAUUACAGGGAGGAGAUGAAUGCGACUAGCUUCCACGCCGGAAAGAGACUCCUCGACCGUCUGUACCGAUCGAAAAACCUCGAGUCAACAGUUGCAAGCUCGGUGCUCUCAGACAGCAACAUUGGCCAUGCGAUAACGCCGGAACCGUCUACCUUGCUGAGGACAUCAUCCCUAUCCACUGACAGGCCAUCCUUCAAGAACAGCAAGGAUGAAGUACCCAAACAACGACGCCCCACCAAGAAGGGCAGGCCACCUCAACGGGUUGACAUUGAAGCACCUCAAUAUUCCCACGCGAACGACCCCUUGCCCACCAAAUAUGCCCCAUCUCAAGUUCCGCAACCGCAACCCUCACGCCUCGAUACGGAAACAGCCAAACUAGUAGGCCUUGGAAGCUACGGGACCCAGUUUACCCACCAUUUUGAGAUGUUCCCACUUGAUGUGGGCGUCUAUUUUCAUGAAUCUACACUUCUGGGAUCGGGCAUGGUUGAGAGAGUUUUGCACGGCGAGCCUCGCAAUGGAACAGAUUGCGGCGAUGAUACUGUGUGGCCUAGAGCAACAUUCACUCUAGGAGAGCAGACGAUGCGAUGGGGUCCAUGGUCAGCCCAGGUAUCCUCGGAGAUGGGAAUCGUACUCGACCAUAUGGCAGAGCAACUCGAAAAGACACCAUUACCUGGAGUGGAAGCGCAUGACGCCCCCUCUGCUGUCACCACCGCACACCAUAUUCUUGUCUAUAUCGAAGGCUCCCUGACAUUUAACUCACAGCCUCAGCUCCAAGCUUUUGUCGGUCGCUUUAUCGAAAUCGUCCAGAGCUUCAAUAGUCGUGCUUUGUCCUGCAUCGCCAAAGAAGAAUUUGCUUCGGGAAAUAGUGCUAGGAUCUUUCUAGGGGCCUGUGACCGCCUGGUCCUUGCUACUUUUCGAUCCUGGGCACUUCUCAAGAAGGAACCGACUAUGAUGGGCGAGAAACUCCAGAUGGAGGAGCUUUUGAUAGCCGUCGCAGCUGUGAUCGUGAAGGCCCUAUCGCGGCUGGGGUUGGACAGUAUGCGCACGAUAUAUAAGGAGUUGCAGAACUCUCGUUUCCGUGAACGAGGCUUGAGGACCGAUGCGACAGGGACAGCGAUGGGUAUCCAUUCAUGGGUGUUGAUAUUGCGUGUUCUUGAAAUUGCAGCGAUCCCGCGUGCCUCGUUCUGGGACUUGGUGCAGACUGAGUUUGUCCAACCGGGACUGGUCUCCAGUGUCGAUGCGCGGGAGCACGAGCGUCUAUGGGAGGACAUGUUUACUCUCCUGCCGCUGAUCGAGUUCAAUGACAUGGGCGUCUUGGUCCCAGGCCGUCGGUAUCAGAACACGACAGAUGGCUGGGGGAUUCCCCAGAGGAUUCUCAAGAGGAUAUUUCAACUAUACCGGGACAACCCGCGCCAGCCGCCGAGCUUCAAUAACUACUGUCGCGCGCUUGUGGCACGCUGUCACUACCUCGUACAGCAAUGGGGGUGGCAGCGCUGCUCGAGUAUAGUGGGCCUGAUCUUCGACUUUUUUGGCUCUCAGAACCUCGCCCAUUUACGUAACGAGGAGUCUUACAGCUCACCGCGCUUCCUCGAAGAGCUGUCGAGAAAUCCAUCGCUUCAGGUUGAGCCAGAAGAUCGAUGUUUCCAUAUCUUCCUCAAACUUGUGGCGCUGAGCAUAUUGAAGCUCAAGGAAAGCGGCGAUUCUUCUUCCACCAAAGAUAUCAGAAACUUGGUCGCACGCACAGUUCCGAACCACAACCGUCAGUACCUCAAAGAGCAGAGAAUCCAUGAGCGGGACCUAGCCGCCCUUCGGAACCAUCACGACCUUCUUUGCACCCUCUACUGGGCUGCGCCUCCGGACCAGCGGCCGAGUGUCGGUCUACUCGAGAGACUCGUUGUGCCUGCAAGCUCCCACAAAGAAGCUUGCCUUAUCAAUAUGCGCGCCUGGAGCCAGCUGGCGCGAUACAUUGUUGCGACGGGCCAGGCGACGAUAUGUUUCAAGCCAUUCAAUCAGUGGAGGAACACAUGUUUCCAGCAGAUGAUACAGCAGUUCGACGAGGCUGCCGCCGACAUUGAACGACAGUUUCAGGGGCUUUCCAAGGAUGUCACCAAAACCAUCAGCCAGGACAUGAUCAACGCUAUGGUGGCCAUGAACAAGACGGCCACCAUGGAUGUGCUCCACUUCUCCGUUUCGGCCUCCCUGGAUGUCAUGAAGCACACUCCCGACCUAGAGACGGCCACAUUUGCGAUGAGUUCCUUACAGCUGCAGCGCGUCUUCCAACACUUCUCGGACGUGCCCCCUGAACUCGACUGGGCGAUUCUCAGGGCGGCUCUGUCGACACUCGACGUCUUUCUCGCCCACGUGGACAAGUUCAAAGAUGAGGAGGAGAGCCAGCAGAGCGAGAGCCAGAUACUCAACUCGGCACAAGCCGACGAUGCUCUGCUUGUUUUGCAUCAGGACCUAGCGAAGAGCUUCUUCACCAUGGCACGGCGAGUGCUCUCGCCUCGAUCGGCUAAGAAAGGCUUGGGCGCCACCCCUGCUGCGGUAGUCGACCGGGCGGCAUCUCUGGAGCAGGUCACGGUCCUGAGCGCGAGGAUGGGCUUACGCUUUGCCAAUGCGUGUGUCAUGAGACUUUCAGACAUGUUCAAGCCCGGAAAACAUGGCAUAUUUGCUGCCCUACCCCACCUCCUGGGCCUCGAAGAACGGCGAUACCUGAGCCUAUUCGUUGCGACACUUCUCAAGAAUGGAUACGACGACAACGACAGCACCGACCUUAGCGACGCAGGGUUCACCCUGCGGGAGCUGUGGAUGCUCUCAAUUGUCAAACCUCGAGAAUCGCUGGGGUUCGAGAACGAGCUGGCCGAGCAGCUAGCCCGCCGUGGCAAGAAGUUUGUGCCAGAUACCGUCGUCGGCCUCGCCACCACACCCGACUACAACAUGAAUCGAGACCUGUUCCAAUUCGCCAUCUCAUCGAUGAGAAGGUCAGUCAGGGACGCGGAGCCGAGAGUUAGAAAGGCUGUCAUUGCCGAAGACUCCAAGACGCUCAAACUCGUCAUGGAACAGAUCAAGGGCGACCUGAAGACGGUGGCGGAGCAGGAUGCGUCCGAACAUGGAAUUUAUGUGUCGUUUGUACGAGACAUUAUUGCACUCAUCAGGGCGCACGGAUCUGACAUCUGUAGCGUCGACGACUUCUUUUACCAGAUCAGCAAGGAAUACUCGCCAUCUGUGCGGGACCCGCAACUCCAGGUGGCGGCCAUGAUUUCGUACGGCCUCCGCCUCACCGAGGAGGGCGACGGCAGCCGCACAGCGCAUCAGCUAUUCUUCUUUCUCUUCAACAACUUUAAGCUGGCCAUGAUGAAUGACAAGCUGGGGGAGGAGGUAGGCAUGCUACGGUGCGGGCUUCAGGACCCCGGGAUCCUCAACUUUGUUCUCGGCAACAUGCUCCCCGCCGCGAUACGAGCAUCGGCCGAUGAAGAAGCCUCAUCGCUCCUCGUCGACGUGUAUGCGCAUAGCUGCUGGAUCCACCUGGACGGCAACGUUGCCCCCCAACAGCUGACCGAGGGGAAUUUGCGCCACGUUAUGGCCACACUUGGGGCCAUUAUAGAUGGUCUGGUGGAGCGGAGCAGCCGGAGGCAGGACGGGAGGCCGCUCUCCAACACGGGGAUACACAUGAUUGGGCAAUUCUUGGGCAUCAUGAACAUGCUUUGGCCUUCCAUCCAUGUCCUUCACAUGUUGGAGGCGUCCCCAGAAGGCUUGGAUGAUGUCAGAUGCCUGCUUGGGGAAUGCCGGUCCUUUACCCUCUGGGUAGAGACGUACAUGGAGGAGGAGGAGAUGGACCUGACACCCGGAGCUCUCAAAAGAGGACUAGACAAGGUACAUCCGCAGCAGAAGCAGGUUAAGUCUAAGCCAGAGACGUCGAGAAAGAUGAACCCCCUCGUCGCCAGCUUCAAGGACAACAUCAUCAGUGACGUGCGGCGCAACUGGAUCGUAUCCGAAGAAAGGCUGACGAUUCAAGCGCCCGGCAAGGCGCAGAACACGCAGUCAUCGAGGGGGGUGGAGCGAGCAUUGUACGAUGAGAGGGAGGUGUUGAUGGAUGUGCUUCAGCGGGCAAUAGAGUGGAAUACAUGGUGGGACAAGGUGUUUGCAACGUCCGCGGCAUCAUCAACGGCUUGUUAUCGACGUGGUGCUCGAGCGAUUGCUAUAGCAGGUGCACCACUGUUUUGA